CCUGAAGAUCCGCCGACUCGUUCAUGGCCCUCUGUCUGAUAUUCGCUAACAGGACAGUCUAUGCAAACCCUUAUGCUUAGACAUCCAAGCGAUAAGGAAUAUGGCUAAUAGCAAAGCUAGUCAACGUAUCCGUGAGUAGUGCUCAAAGCACAAGCUGGCUCGUCUGCGAAUAUGUGAUGUUGUUUCGCCGGAAGGGCAGUCGAACGGGCUCCGAGAUGCGGCCCACCAAUCGCCCCACAGUUAAAUCAGAACAUCUUGAUGUCUUGGUAGGGACGCGUAUAUGUCUCGCCUUUGAAGAAGGAUAUGUACUGUACACAGCACUCAUACCCAGGUACCUGGGUAGGUAGGUAGGUAGCGACGUGCGGAAGCUCGAGCACGUGAUCCGACACCAGUAGGUAGGGAACGACAGUAGUGGGUCAACAGCAUGCCUUCCAACAUCAAGCCGCACAGUCAGGGUCCCCGGCCACCAGCAACCCCCAUCGUGAGUUCUACGCAUGGUGUUGAGACCGACUCGAGUCCAGUCUCACAGUCGCGGACCGCUCUCCGCCAGCGCUGCGCUGCCUCAGCCCCUCGCCUCCGAACUCUUGGCGUGAUCCAAGGCCCAUUUUUCCCCGCUUUGGUUGGCGCAAUCGGCCCCUAAAUAUAGCCGCUGCUGACUGCGCAGCAGCAGGCUAGCCCGAGCGGGCGAUAGCGCGCGGCUUGGCCGUCAUGCUUGCCGGCGAGCUUGAUCGUCGGAGGGUGUGCUUGCCGAGAUGCUGGCUUGGGGGGUCUUAGGGCCAAGCCUUGCGGUUGCGUGGACGGGCGGCCGGUGCGACGGUUGGGGGAUGUGGAUGCGGGCUUUGUACGAGAGCGUUGCUGUGCUGCUGCUCGUUGCUGUUGCGUGUUUGAGGAGAGGCGCUGGAGCUGGGGUUGGGGGUUUGCCGGCGGUGGAUGAGAGAUCAGUUUUGCGCCGUGCUGAUGGUGGUGGAGAUGAGGUGGAGCUAUUUUGGCGCUCUUAUUCAGCGGUUGUUUUUUUGGGGUGUGCUGUCCUUUGAACUUUUGACAUUGACGGUG